CGUUCAAAAGAGUAUUUCUGGCGCCGUGAACGAUCAGUGGAAUGUACCAUGAUUUUUAUUUUUUUUAUCAGAACAUAUGUAAAUGCGAAGGACGUUGAAUUAUCAUAAGUUAGUAGUAGAUAGAUAUGGGACAUUGAGAACGAUAUCAAAUACUUGUUUUAUCAAUUUUAGUGGAGUUUGACAGACACAUUUAUGUAAUGGGUGCAAUAAAAACUGUCAAUUUAAUAUAUGCAAUAUCAUUUUUGGAUUUGUUUGCUGUAGGAUUGACUUUUCCUUUGGUCGGCAAUUAUUUAAGAGAUAUAGGAGCUUCCCAUACCACUGUAGGUCUAAUUUCUUCAACGUAUUCAGCUAUUCAAGUUUUAUCUGGACCUUUUAUUGGCGGCUGGAGUGAUGUGCGAAAUAGAAAAUCAGUUUUAAAAUUUACAAUUGUGAUAUGUGCUCUAUGUUAUGCACUUUUAGGAAUUACUAGAUCAAUUAUUUUCAUAACAGCUGUAAGAUGCGUAUUAGGUUUAUUCAAACAUACUCAAAGUAUUUGCAAGGCUGUGAUAACAGAUUUAGUGCCUUUGAAAGAACAAAAUGAAUUUUUUGCAAGGUCUGCUGCUGUUGCAUCAUUCGGUUUUAUUAUAGGACCUUUUGUUGGGGGACACAUAUCAGAAUUUGAAAAUGGUUUCACUUAUGUCUGUCUCUUUACUGGAAUGUUAUUUAUCAUUAAUUAUGGUUGCGCUUGUUAUCUACCAGAUGACAGAAAAACGACCAAACACGGUGAGCUUAGUUGGAAGAUGGUAACAAAUGAAUUUAAAAAAUCAAUUAAAGAAAUAAAGGACAUCGAUUGGAAAGUACAUUGGGAUACUUUCUUAUUAAAAUUUUUAUUAGGAUUGACGAUAACAGUAUAUUUUUCAAAUCAAGCUAUAUAUUUAAAAGAAACAUUUCAUCUAUCUCAAAAACAUAUCGGAUACAUGAUUUCAUUUUUCAGUACUGUAGGAGUAAUAUCUGGGUUGUUUCUCAAAAAGAUCGAUAACUUUUUGAAUACAGAUAUAUAUUCAAAGAUGAGUUUAUGGUUCGGGGUAUUGGCUUUAUGUUUUAUAACGCUUUAUUUAUCACCUAAUAUUUUCAUAUUCAUGUUUUUCUUAAUACCACUUUCUGUCGCCGCUUCCGCAAUGAGAGUGACUAGUAUGGAACUGAUGUUCCAGAAAAUCGAAGCAUUGCACAGAGGAUCCUUUUCCGGUGCCUCGAAUAGUGUCAUGUCUAUUGCGAGGUUCAUGACACCACUUUUCACCGGUUUAACUAGUGAUAUUUUCAAUGAAAAAUCUGUGAUGUUGAUUGCCGUUGUUCCUGCUUGCCUAGGAGUAUUUGUUAGUAUAUUUACAAAAACGAAAUAUACAGCUAAUGUUAAAAAUAAAUAAAUGUUUUUGUUAGAGAGUUUAAA